CGGAGGCGGCGCGGCGCGCACUGAGUCCCCCGAGCGGCGCCGCCGCUGCGGCGCAAAGUUAGCCGGGCGCGCCGGGACGAGCCCGCAGCCGCUGGCUGGCGGUGGACCCCGCUUCGGCAUGGGCGAACACCCCAGCCCGGGCCCCGCGGUGGCCGCCUGCGCCGACGCUGAGCGCAUCGAGGAGCUGGAACCCGAGGCCGAGGAGCGGCCGCCGGUGGCCCCAGAGGACCACUGGAAAGCCCUGUUUGAUCAGUUUGACCCAGGGAACACAGGCUACAUCAGCACAGGCAAGUUCCGCAGCCUCCUGGAGAGCCACAGCUCCAAGCUGGACCCGCACAAAAGGGACGUGCUCCUGGCUCUCGCUGACAGCCACGCGGAUGGGCAGAUCUGCUACCAGGAUUUUGUCAACCUGAUGAGCAACAAGCGGUCUAACAGCUUCCGCCAAGCCAUCCUGCAGGGGAACCGCAGGCUCUGCAGCAAGGCCCUGCUGGAGGAGAAAGGGCUGAACCUCUCGCAGAGGCUGAUCCGCCAUGUGGCCUAUGAGACCCUGCCCCGGGAGAUUGACCGGAAGUGGUACUAUGACAGUUACACCUGCUGCCCCCCACCCUGGUUCAUGAUCACUGUCACACUGCUGGAGGCAAGGACAACGGUUGCCUUUUUCCUCUACAAUGGAGUGUCGCUGGAUCAAUUUGUGCUUCAGGUAACCCACCCACGAUACCUGAAGAACUCACUGGUUUACCACCCCCAGCUCCGAGCACAGGCUUGGCGUUACUUGACGUACAUCUUCAUGCAUGCUGGGAUAGAACACCUGGGACUCAACGUGGUGCUGCAGCUCCUGGUGGGGGUACCCUUGGAGAUGGUGCAUGGAGCAACCCGCAUUGGGCUGGUCUACGUGGCCGGAGUUGUGGCAGGAUCCUUGGCGGUAUCUGUGGCUGACAUGACCGCGCCAGUUGUGGGCUCCUCUGGAGGGGUAUAUGCGCUUGUCUCUGCUCAUCUGGCCAACAUCGUGAUGAACUGGUCAGGCAUGAAGUGCCAAUUCAAGCUGCUGCGGAUGGCUGUGGCCUUGGUCUGUAUGAGCAUGGAGUUUGGGCGGGCUGUGUGGCUCCGGUUCCACCCGUCGGCCUAUCCCCCGUGCCCUCACCCGAGCUUCGUGGCGCAUUUGGGUGGUGUCGCCGUGGGCAUCACCCUGGGUGUGGUGGUCCUGAGGAACUAUGAGCAGAGGCUGCAGGACCAGUCGCUGUGGUGGAUUUUUGUGGCCAUGUACACCAUCUUUGUGCUGUUCGCUGUCUUCUGGAAUAUCUUCGCCUAUACCCUGCUGGACUUAAAGUUGCCACCACCCCCCUGAAGGGCUGGGGGACCAAGGUCGGGGAGGGGAGGGCGAAGCAGCAUCAGGAAGGAGCGUCUGUGUUCUUUUUCUCAUCACCAGCUCAGUGGGGCCACGGAGGACAGGACAAGCGACACUAGGCCGCUGUAAUAUUUGUGUUCAGAGUUGGACAUGCACAGGAGGCUCUUUUCUGAGAAGCGUCUGCUGGAGAAGUUGGAUGUGGCUACCGUUGUAUUCUGGACUUUUCUGAAGAUAAUAGGGCCGGGGCAAAGGCCUGGGGUGGGGUGACAGGGGCCGUCCUCUGGGCUGGGCUUCUUCCAUGCAUUCAGUGAUCGCCUCCCCCAUUACAGAUUGGGCAGAAGCCUUAUCCUCCACUCUGAGAGACCGGAUGGGUGUAAGCAAGGCCUGAGGGGGUAGUAGCAGGCAGGCCCUUGUCCAGACUAGAGAUGACUGCAGGCCAGGAAAUGUGCCCUCUCCAGCUGUAGGGUCUGGUGGACAUGGUGACGUUGGCCUGGGGGAGUCCAAGGUGCCCUUCUGUGCCUGUCGGUGAGCACUAGGUGUGGCCUCUGGUGCCUGGGUGGGUGGACAGAGGAGAGAGAUUGUGUAACUUCAGGCCUCACCCUUGUCCUGGGGGUACACAGCAGGAGGAACCCCAGCAAGAGGGAAUGAACUUCAUCCUAAGUUCCACCCUGGGGAAGUCCCAGGACCAACUGUGCCGUCUCCCUCCCUUUCUCCCAGAAUGCUGACGUCUCACACCAGUGCCCCAGUGUCCCUUCCCUUCCAUUGCCCUGACCCUACGUGAUGCCUCUCCUUUGGUUGUGGAAACGAUGCUCCGAUGCGUGUGCGCUCGCACGGUUUGGUGGGCGGAGAUGCCCGUGUGAUGGGAAAGACCGCGGGAGGGGCCGAGGAUACUGCAGAGGAAGCCCGAGGGGCAGCGGGGUCUGUGGAGGCGUCUAUGUGAGAGGAAGGGAGGGGCUGAGAGGUGGAGACGUGGUGCCUGAGGAUCCUUGCUUUUAGCAAAGCUUGCCCCUUCUUUCCCAAGCCCCCACCCCUAUCCCUUCCAGGCCUCUAAGAAUCACUGACCAGUGAAAGAAUUGUCCCCGGCGCGGGGAGACCUCGCACCCUUCCAGGGCCUCUCAGGAUCCUGAGGGUUUCCUCACCUUUGCCAAGUUCUGCUCUGGGGUGGCGUUCAUAUCUGGAAAGGUUCUGUUCUGUCUCCCUUAGGAGGGAAAGGGCUUUGAGGGUGCAAGACAGGCUGGGGCAGGAAUAUUAAAGCCAUGUUUCCUUUUGAGUCAGGAGGACAGGAGGUUGCAGCUAAAGGAAUUCUAAUUUAGGCGGCACACUGCUUCUAAAGAGGAAUUGUUGGGUGUUUGGAGGAGCAUCAAAGGUGAGGACAGCCCACAGAGUCAGAUGCUCGGAGCUAGGAGGGAACGGAACCCUAUCACGUCCAUCCCCACCCCCAUUUCACAAGUGGGACUAUGAGGCCAAGCCAAUGACCCCCACCAGGGGCUGGUGUGCCCCGAGGGGAGAGCGUGGGGCCUUUGACAGAAUGUCACUCCUUUGGUACUGCUCUUGAACUCCCAACUACUGACAGCCCAGAAGGAUGAAGAAUCGAAGUCUGGGAGGCAAAGGGGCUGGGUUCGUGCAGGAACAAGGGCAGGAGUGUGGGGACCGCCUUCUGCCAGCUACGUGCUCAUCAGAGCCGUUAUGCACUCUGAAGUCCGAAGUCAGCCAGGCCAGACGUUUAAAGGUCGUGGGCUCCUGUGGCUUCCUAUCCCCAGUGGUCACACACAUAUGGGCAGUCUUCCGACCCAGGGCACCCCGCUCAGCCGCAGGCUAUGCCAGGCCCUUCCAUGCCUUUGCCCAAUGCUAAAUAGAUUGUCCUGGCCCCACAUACGGCUCCCGAGGUGCUGCAGUGUGCCAGUCCUGUGCUGAGGACGGCCCACCUGAGGUGGCGUGGGUCCAGAUCUUUGGCUGAGCUUCGUCGCCUGAGACACCCUGUCUGUGCCCUUCCAGCCAUUCUGUGUCCUCUUGAGAGAAAGGUGUAACUGGAAGAGUGAGCUUCUCAGGAGAGGAGACUGAGUUGGAACUGGGGGCCAAGAAGACUUGGGGAAGGCUGAGGAAGGGGGCCUUGGCCAUGGGCCACAGCUGCUGCUGAACCCAAGUGGUGAGGUCCCUUCCUGGAGGAGCAGAGGCAGCUAGUACCUCUCCAGGUCCUGUUUGGCACCUGGGGCUUCUGGGUUGUGCGUGGAAGGAGCAGAGAGCCACCACUGUCUUUGUCUGGUGUGGCCUGGAGAGGGGCCUUCUUCUCUCAGGUGUACGAAGACUGUGGACCAGAAGACUCUAGAAAGCCCUCAGAGAAGCAUCCAGUUCCCUCAGGGCUUCAGAUAAAAUCUGGUUACUGAGAACGACAGCCUGAGUUGGAAAUCCCACCUGCCGUCCUGGUAACUGUCCUUCGAGGUCUGGAGCCUGCUAAGAGAGCCUCACCGACGCCGUCGGCCACCAGCCCCAACUGCUCCAUCAACGGAGUAUCCAAAGGCAACCCAAAUGUUCUUUGGUCGGCCUAUCACCCAUCUCCACUACCCUCCAGCAACCAUCCUUUCCAAGCAGGGAUGACAACAGUCACUUCACACAACCCAGGUCUCCCACCCAGGGCCGGAGACAGCUGUCUGGUAAGAAAGGUUUCCUUUUUGGUGUCAUGCUUUCUCCUCAGCAGGUUCCUUUGUUCCCUCGCUCCCAGUACCCUGCUGGCAUCAUUCCUCCUUCCUCACCCAGUAUGGCCACCUGGCCGGUGUGCAGAAAAGUGAGGGUGCAGUGAAUCUUCAGGCUGUGGACGGAGGUCAGAUUUGUGUCCACACGACACAAGAGUUGAAAUCUAGGGAUUCCGCACACAGCAGCCACAGACGUGCUCUCUCGUUAAACAGAAGAGGAAUCACAGAAACGGGGGACGGGGAGGAGAAAACAAACCUUCAAAGCAGAAAUUUCCCUUCAAUGACACCAUUAAUCAUUCGUUUUUUAAUUAGGAAAAGCUCCCUAAUGAGGCACUUUUGCCAGCUAAUAGGAUUCUCAAUUUCCAUGAGAACUCUUCUUGCCCAGAAGAUUAGGGGAAUCAAUUGCUCACGAAGCCCAGAUCUUUCCCCAGUGUCCAAUUUCGGUUGCGAAUAAUGCAGGUUCCCGAGCACAGCGCGAGGCCUUUCCUGGCAUCAUAGUCGUGUUGCUCCCAGGGCUGGCUGGAAAGCGCCAGCACUCCUCUGCCUUAAAAAACAGCCCCCAACACUGAACUCCCUGCCCCCCCCCAUACACACACAAGGACUUAAAUGGAAAACAAAACACUGCAAUGUUUGUGUCUAAAUAUUUUUGUAUUGUGUACAUUCUGUAUAUUUUUGUUGUAACAUAUUAUUUGAGCACAGAUUCCAUUAAAGAUUUUUUUUUUAAGGCCUUGGUUAUUCAGAAAGUGACCUGAAGGGCUGGCCUGAUUGGGGCCCGUUUCAUCUCCAUCUGGGUCUAGGUAGGGGGGAGAGUGGGUAGCAGGAGUGGUGGGUCUAUGAUUUAUACAUUCCAAAUCAGGCAUUGGUUCUGGGUGCCUGUGUUUCAGGUUUGGUGGUUCUUAACCUUUCUUGAGUUACUGAAUGCUUUUGAGUGGUUGAUGAAAGCUAUGAUUUCUCUUCCUAUAAAAAUGCACAGAUAGACAGUUUUGUGUAUGAUGGGGGGAGGAAUGGCUGUGAAUAAGGAAACUGAUGCAUGGCUUCCGGGCCAGAACCUGUGCGCCUGCUGUCUGUUCCGCCUUCCCCUUCCAUCCUUACUCUAUAUCCCGAUGAGAGAUUAAUACUUGGACUACUAUUCUUGGAAGAAUCUUCUUUGAAAUUUCCUAAGUACUUCCUUCUUUACCCUGAUGGCCUAGUCUUUAGGCCUUUCUGGGGGCUGUCAACAGCCUAUCCCCUGAUCUUGAGGAACGAUAGGAAUAUUCUCCAUGUAAAAGGGCGUGGUGGUCAAUUCAUACACAGAAGGGGCAAACGAGAGGAGUAUAAAUGUUAAAGGUAAAAUCUAGUGCUUGGUGAGUUUAGCACUCAAGUGCGCUUUGAGUAGAGGCAGCCUGAGAAAGUGAACUGUUUUCACCCGUUUUUCUAAACCAGUGGCAGGAUAUAUAGUUUUGCCAUUCAUAACUGUUAAAUUUCGUUGGAGGAUUAAACUACCCUGUUAAAUUCAGUAUGGGCAUUGUGUCCUGUAACAUUCUUUCACAUCAGUUUCCAGGGUAUCGUUUUUAAAUAUUUCUAAAUGCUGCAGAAGUCAUUCCAAAACAAACUUUAGAGUACAGUGCAGGCUAAAGGUCAAAGAACCCACUUCUCUUUGGAGCGCAAAGUGACUUCCCUGGAAGGAAAGUCGGGACCCUGUCUGAGACCAGUGUUCCCAGGUCAGUUCUGGGCUCCCACACCUGAGGCAUGUAAAGGCAGGCUCCCUGGACACCCCAAAACUGUUCCAUUAGCUUUGCCUUUGGCCUCCCAUCACUUCUCUUUUCACUUUUCUGGUUCCUCCCUCCUACCAGAUUCUCAUUCUCCCGAUAACUUAAUGUUUACCAAUAAUGUAAUUAUGAAGAACAUUUCCUGAGUACCUACUAUGUGCUAGGUACUGGAGGAAGCAUUUUCAAUCUUAUUCUCAUGUAUUGUACAGCUACUUGGCAUGAAGUGUGUAUAAGUAUCCCCAUAUUGACACAUGAGGGGAAGGCUUAGGGAAGGUCGUAUGUAGCACGGCUGCCUGGUUGCAAAGUUCAUGCUCUCAGCCCUCAGGUGUCUGUACAGGACUUCAAGGACUCUAACUCUGUAGAAGUGUCAGGGUGUUUGUUUAAAGAUCCUGUCUCACUGUAGUAAGGCCAUCCAGGAACAGUAAUGAACCUUGGAACAUUCACCCAGUGUUCACUUAUCAGAAUCUCCAUUUUGUCCGCCGCCCUCCUGGAAGUAGUUUACAGGAAAAUCCACAGCUAGCAAUUCAUUAUUGCUCCCUUGAUUUCCAGAAUCUAGCAUUUAUGCUAACUCAGAAUGAUUUAAAGUUGGUGAGUCCCACUUAGGAAGUUUAGCAGUUACAGAACUGGAGCUGCCCUCUUAGACCCAAGUGGAAAGACUUGAUUGAAGCCAGCCGGGUUUCCAUUCCUGAGAAGACACAGGGUUAGGAAAGUGUAGUCCUAGUAACUGAAUCUUAUUUCCGAGAAGCCUGCAGGCUUUUCUGGCAUCUAGUACAAGCGAUCCUCUGGUACAGGACAGGCAUUCUGUCAUGGUUAAUAAUGAAUGAGAGUGAAAGGAAGUGACCUGGGUUAUUGCGUGCUACAGGUGUAACUUUACUGGACAAUGAAUAAAACAUUGUGAUGGAAAUUGCUCUUACACCCUGCCUGAUGCCUCUUGUAAGAUGCACAAAGAUGUAUCCCAGCAGGUGAUUUGAUUUUCAACAAAUUCCUUAACAUAACAAGUAUAAUUUCCCCACAAACUUGUUGUGAAUUAAUUAAAAUGUCAGGCCUGAGAAUUGAGCUCAUUAAAUAAAAAUGACUGCAUUGGUGAGAAGCUAAGUUGUAUUAUUAUUAUCAUUAUUAUUAUUAUUAUUGUUAUUAUUACAAAUAUAAUUACAGAUAAACUGAAACCAUUUUGAUACAUGACAAACAUACAUUCCCUCUGUGUGUAUAGCACACAAAUAAUACAUAAGUGUAUUCCACACUGAACAAAUCCUUUCCAAAACUUUAAAAGUUAAUACAAUUAGCUUAUUAAGAUUUGAAUACAGUACGUUUCUGGUCAUGAGCUGUUUGAGUUUCUUCUCAUGGUCAACAAGACAUUCAAUUCCAUGUCACCGUUUUCCUUGUCUAAAGUGAUACAGUUUAUCACAGACUUUUAAAAUAAGACUGUAAUGUAUACAACUGUAAUGUAGUGAGCCUACAUUACAAAAUAUGUACAUAAAAGUUCACAUAAAGAAUAUGUAAUUAUACCUUGACUAUAUCCAUAAAUGACUUAAAGCAGGUAAUAUAUUUGCUUUCAAAUGCCAUUUACAACAUGGACUCUUGAAAGACAUGUAAAUUUGAAAAAGAAAAAUGUUUUCCAGACUCAAAAUGUUGAUGUCCUAAUGUUAUUUAUUUAAAAAAUUAAUUUCCAAGCGGGCCAACCAACUACAUUAGAAAAAGUCGAUGCAAGGGUAGUGCCAUAAAAUUGCUUAUUUCCCAUAGUCAUUCUGAAUUUAAUGCUAUAAAAAAUGCUACUUGGAUUUUUUUUCCGACACUGCCUACAAUCCAAGUUAUUAAAGUUUAAAACCAUAUGAAAGCCUUUAUGAAGAUCCUAAAUUGUAUUUCUCAUUAAAGGAAAAGAAAUGGCUUACUGAGUCAUGUCCCUAGACUUCUGUAGAAGAGAAGGCAGGCUGUUGUCAGUCAUUUUGAAAAUUAAAACUCAGCAGUUAAUGUGAAGGUAUAUGAGGUCAGGAGAGGAUUUUUAUGGACUCGUGUGCCUCCAAGCAUCCUGAGGGUGGUGAGAACAUAAGACUUCUGAUCUUCUAAACAAAAAUCAUUAUCACAUGGACUUAUUAAAGAGCUAUGCAGAACAAACUACAAUCAUGUGUGUAGCUACAGUUGGUUUCCAUGGGAGCUAUAAAUGGUUCUAGCUGCAGGCACUUUCAGCUGAUUUCGGAGUAAAACAUGAGGCUUGUAGAAAGUGCAAAAAACUGAAAUCAUGGGGCGGCCGGAUGGCUUGGUUGGUUAGAGCGGGAGCUCUCAACAACAAGGUUGCCGGUUCAAUUCCCCACAUGGGAUGGUGGGCUGUGCCCCGUGCAACUAAAGAUUGAAA